AGUCCAGCUACACCCGCGCACCUGACCGUCGUUGUUGUGAGUCCAGGCGAAAGCCUUUCCCCGGGAAGACCCCUGGUGGGGCGGUCAGCAGCACAUGGACGCGUCCUGUCCGACGCGGCACUCGGACCACACGAACAGCGAGCCUUUCAAGAGAAGCUGUCUACGUGUAACGAACGUGGUAGAAACUACAUCCAGUCCUCUCAGGGACAUACAAACACAAGUCCUGAAGGGAAACCCCGUGAAUACAUGCCCUGUGUGGAAUCCUACCACUCUGAUUUCACUGAUGAAGGUACCAUUGCAGAGAACACGGGUGUCACUUCGGUCAUUACAACCAGCAAUGUUGAAGUCAGGGGAACAGGUCACCGUGAAGUGAAUAUGGAUAUAUGCGGACCAUACGGAAGAACUUUGAACUUUCCCUGCAAUGUUCAGGCGCCUGAAAAAGCUCAGUAUGGAGAAAGUACCUGUGUGAAGAAAUACGGAAAAUCCUUCCCCGACGAUGCUCUUGAUAAUCAUGGGAGAAGUCACACUGAGGAGAAACCUUGUGAGUGUAUGCAGUGUUGGAAAACUUUCAGAACACAGCGCAGGUUUCAACUACAUGAAAGAAUAUUCAGUGGGGAGACACCCUAUAUAUGUAAGCAAUGUGGGAAAGCUUUUGUCACACAUCAUAAUUGUCCGUGCCAUGAUCGGACUCACACUGGGGAGAAAGCCUGGACAUGUGUGCUGUGUGGAAAAGCAUUCCGGAGCAAAUCAGGUUGGAAGAUACAUUACAGCAGUCACUCAAGGAGACCAUACGCAUGUCAGCAGUGUGGGAAAGCCUUCAGCACUCCUCAUUCCUGUCAGCGGCAUGAGCUUAUUCACACUGGAAAGAAACCCUACAAAUGUAAGCAAUGUGGAAAAGCUUUCUUCACACAUUAUGCUUGUCAGAGGCAUGAAGGGACUCACGUUGAGGAGAAACACUAUGUAUGUAAGCAGUGUGGGAAAGCUUUCAGAACACAGGAUACAUACCAAAUACACGAAAGAAUUCACAGUGGGGAGAAACCCUAUGCAUGUAAGCAGUGUGGGAAGGCCUUCAGAUCACAGGGUACGUGUACAAUGCAUGAAAGAAUUCACAGCGGAGAGAAACCCUAUGAAUGUAAGCAUUGUGGCAAAGCUUUUCUCUUACGUGGUCAUUGUCAAAGGCAUGAACGGACUCACACUGGGGAGAAACCCUAUGCAUGUAAGCAGUGCGGCAAAAGUUUCAGUGAUCGCCAGGCUUGUCAAAGCCAUGAACAGAGACACACUGGGGAAAAACCAUACGCGUGUAAGCACUGUGGCAAAGCUUUCAGCGAACGUCGUUCUUUUCAAAGGCAUGAAAAGAGACAUACUGGGGAGAAACCCUAUACAUGUAAGCAAUGUGGGAAAGCUUUCAGAUCACAGAGUACAUGUAAAGUGCAUGAAAGGAUUCACAGUGGAGAGAAACCCUAUGAAUGUAAGCAUUGUGGCAAAGCUUUUUGCACACGUGGAAAUUGUCAAAUUCAUGAACGGACUCACACUGGGGAGAAACCCUAUGCAUGUAAGGAGUGCGGCAAAAAUUUCAGUAAACGCAGUGCUUGUCAGAAUCAUGAACAGAAGCACGUGGAGAAGCACCCUGUGUGCAUAAGCAGUGCAGCAGACGUUUCCAUGAAUAUGGUGCUUGUCAAAGGCAUGAAUAGAGAUGCUGGGGUAGAACCCUUAUGUGUGUAACCAUCCUGUAAAGCUUUAGUCACCCAGAUUGUGAAAGAUAUGUACAGACUCACACUGAGGAGAAACCGUUUCCAUGUAGGCAGUGUGGGAAAGCUUUCACCACACAUUUUUGUUGUCAAUUGCAUGAACAUAUUCACUCUGAUGAGAAACUUUAUGUGUGUUUUAUGUGGGAAACCUUUCAGCAACAAAGUAGUUUGGAUCAUUUUUUCUUUUUGCGGAGCUGGGGAUUGAACUCAGGCCCUUGCAUUUGCCAGGCAAGCACCUAUUCAACUGAGCUAUCUCCCCGGCCCCAACAAAGUAGUUUGGAAGGGACAUGACACACACUAGGGCUUAACCAUAUACAUGCAAGUAAUGGGUAGUACUUUCGUAACAUAGUUGUCAAACACGUGAAACAUUUCACACUGGCAGAAACCCUAUGUACGUAAGCAACAAGGAAAAGCUUUCAGCACACACUGUGCUUGCAAAGACAUGAAGGCACUCACUGAUGAGAAACCCUAGGUGUGAAAGCAGUGUGGAAAAGAUUUCAGCCCAAAAGAUAGGUGGGAAAUUUGUGAAUGGACCCACACUGCAAAAAUCCUAUGUAUAGGCUGGGAGAUGGCUCAGUAGAAUAAGCGCUUGCCUGGCAAGCGCAAAGGUCUGAGUUCAAAUUCCUGAUUCUACACACACACCAAAAAAACUAUGUAUAUAAGCUUUGUGGAAAACCUUUCGUUACAAGUAGUGUUUGUCAAAUUCAUGAAUGGACUCGGGACGGACCCUGUGCAAGGAAGGGUGAUGCCUGUCAAAAGCAUGUUCAGUCUCACACAAGGGUAAAGUUUAUGUUAAUGUGGGAAAGCUUUGAGCCCAGAGAAUGAAGUUCAUGAAGUCACGCUGGCCAGAAACACUGUAAGCAGGGGGCCUACCCAUUAGCUCAGUUGUUUAAGUGCCUGGUUAAACAAAACAGCCUCAGUGAGCUGUGGUUCCAUACUCAGAUACUCAAGCCAAUCCAGACCAGCGCUGGAGGCAAUCUGAGGCCACCAAAAAAAAAAAAAAAAAAAAAAAAACUGUAAGCAAUGUGGGAAAGCUUGUGACCAAGACAAUAAUUAUGGACUAAAGGAAAAAUAUAAUGGAGAGAAACUCUAUGUAUGUAAGGCUUUCAGUGUGUGAAAACCUCUGGCACAGAGAUUGUGAAGCAUGUAGACAAUCUCGUGGGGAGGAGUCCUCUGUGUAACCAGUGGGAAAGUGCUCAGAUGACACAGGCAUUGUCCACAACAUUGAUAGAGGGGCCGGGGAGAUGGCUCCGUAGAAUAAUCACUUCCCUGGCAAGCACAGGGGCCUAAGUUCA